AUGACAAUGAUCUAUAAUGAUCUCAAUGCUCGCAUUGAAAAUCUCGACUCUAAAAUGGUAGUGGAUUCUACCCUCCGCUUCUUUUACGACACGUUAAUACUGUUUGGAUCACAAGUUCUCUUCUUCUCCUUUGGCUGGGUAUUUCUCGUAAAGAAGUUAUUCAAAGAUUACGAGUCGUCGACUGACCGUCAUGCUGAGCAGUUGGUUCAGGCAGUGUUCUCGUUGACGUUUAGUAACAGUUGCGCGUUGUUCGAAUUGGAUGUGAUAUACAUUACAUAUGAUCCUGAUGAUAUCUUUAUUCAGUCGGGUAUGAGUCGUGUGGGUGUUAUUGGUGUCACGAUAAUGGCUAUUCUAUCGGGAUUUGGCGCGGUGAAUAGUCCCUAUGCCACUUUAUUCUUUUUUCUUAGACAAGUUACGGACGCCGAUAUACAAUCAGCCGAGAAAAAAUACCUUCAAAUAAUUGAGCAAAUCAUGAACAAAAAGAGACGAAUACUGAUUAUACAGACGCGUCAAAAGAAUAAUGUUAAUGAGCAUAAUAAUAAUAGGUCAAGAGUCGGCGGAUUUGUAAUGAAAAUGUUUAAUACAGUGGCUGGGGGUAUGGGAGCUGAUGGUGAAAAUAUCGGCACAUUACGACAAGAAAUAACAGGUCUAGAGAAUUUAGCGCGUCAAUUAUUUUUGGAUAUUGAUGAUUUAUAUCAAGAGAAGGGUCGUCUUGAAUAUUCGAAAACAUGGAAAGGACAAUACUUUAAUUACCUUGGCUACAUUUUCUCUGUAUACUGUAUCUACAAGAUUGUGAUGGCCUCAAUUAACAUUAUCCUCAGCCGGAAUACCGGUCCAGCUUCAGAUCCAAUAACAUAUGGUCUUACACUUGCAAUCAAAUACAUAAAUUUGGAAAUGGACGUACCAUUCUGGUCACAGCAGUUGAGUUUCUUGUUCGUGGGGCUGAUGAUCAUUUUUUCGAUUCGUGGGUUGUUGAUUCAGUUGUUGAAGUUCUUUAGAGCUGUUUCGAAUUCAGUAUCUCGAAGCAACAUUGUGCUAUUCCUCGCGCAAAUAAUGGGCAUGUACUUUUUGAGUUCGGUGAUGAUGUUGAGAAUGUCGUUACCUGCUGAAUACAGAAUGAUAAUAUCCAAAGUUCUCGGUGCAAUAGAAUUCAACUUUUACCAUCGCUGGUUCGACGUGAUAUUUCUCGUGAGCGGCAUUGCUAGCGUGGUAUUCCUUUAUUUUGUACACCAGGCGAACCGUAGUAACGCAAUGAUUAAUAGUAAUCGUAUUUUUACUUCUGCUACUACUGCGUCUUCUGCAUCCUCAUUUAUCUCUAUGUCGCCGUACUCUUCACCAUCGUCUUUGCCACUAACAUCAUCAACGUCGCCACCAUCACCAAGUAACUAUUUCUAUAAUAAUUUUGCUGGUAACGAAGAGUAUUCGCCAAUUGGUCACAAAAGCAAUCAUGAUUGGAAUAAUAAUAAUAAUCGAUAUUAUACAAGUGGUGGAGGUGAUAAUAAUGGGGGAAGUACUAGUAGCAGAUGGAAUGAUCGCGGAUUGUAUUACCAUAGAUGA